AUUGAUUACUUAAAAAAAAAAAAGUAAAAAUAAAAAAGUGGAAAAAGAUAACACAAAUGUACGUAGCCUACUUCAAACGAUUUUUGGGGGGAUAUUUAUUUAUUUGUUUAACGUAUUAAAUGUAAUUUGUUAAGUCAUUUGCCAUUGUGGUCUAACAGGCGUUUUCAUCCACAUCUACUAAUAAAACUUAAGCUAAUCGCUUAUUUAAAUCUAUAGGGGUUCUGCGAAUAGCACUCGGGAAUAGUAUCAUAGUGUCCUGAUUGUAUCAUUAUAUUGUCAAAUGAAAGACGCCUCCUCCAGUCGCUAUUUGACGUCAGGGUAGAUCCUGCAACUAUUGCAUCGAAAGAGAAUUGCGGAUAGAUAAAGAGGCAGAAGAGGAACAUCCGUCCAUAGGAGCAGACGAUCAGUUCCUGAGUGAAAAUCAACUAUACAAUGCCUUUAGGAGAAGAUGAAAAUGGAUGGAAAAAGAAGACAACUGAUAUCAAGGAAAAUUAUGAUUUCAAGGAGGUCUUGGGGACAGGGGCGUUCUCUGAGGUAUUCCUGGCUGAGGAGAAGAAGACUCAGCGACUUGUGGCCAUUAAAUGCAUCCCUAAGAAAGCACUGGAGGGAAAGGAGAACAGCAUUGAGAAUGAGAUUGCUGUGUUACACAGAAUAAAACAUGAGAAUAUUGUUUCACUGGAAGACAUCUUCGAGAGUCAGUCACAUUUGUAUCUGGUCAUGCAGCUUGUAUCAGGGGGAGAGCUUUUUGACAGGAUUGUUGAAAAGGGCUUCUACACAGAGAGAGAUGCCAGCAAACUCAUUCGUCAGAUUUUAGAUGCGGUGAAGUAUCUGCAUGAUAUGGGCAUUGUGCACAGAGACCUGAAGCCAGAGAAUCUGUUGUACUACAGUAUGGAGGAGGACUCCAAUAUCAUGAUCAGUGACUUUGGCCUGUCUAAGAUCGAGGACUCGGGAAGUGUGAUGUCAACUGCCUGUGGGACACCUGGAUACGUUGCUCCAGAGGUCUUGGCACAGAAACCAUACAGUAAAGCUGUAGACUGUUGGUCCAUAGGAGUGAUUUCUUAUAUUCUCUUAUGUGGCUACCCUCCAUUUUACGAUGAAAACGAUGCCAAGCUGUUUGAGCAGAUUCUCAAAGCAGAGUAUGAGUUUGACUCACCAUACUGGGAUGACAUCUCUGACUCAGCCAAGGAUUUCAUCAAUCACUUGAUGGAGAAAGAUCCGUCUCGGAGAUACACAUGUGAGCUGGCUUUACAGCAUCCAUGGAUUUCUGGAGACACAGCUCUUGAUAGGAACAUUCAUGAGUCUGUCAGCGCUCAGAUCAAGAAGAACUUUGCCAAAAGUAAAUGGAAGCAAGCUUUCAACGCGACAGCAGUGGUUAGACACAUGCGAAGACUGCAGCUGAGCACCAGCCUAGAGGGGCCAAGCCAAAUCACCAGCACCAGCCCCUACCACAGACACCUGCUCCUCCCUGCCAAAGAGCUCGACCAGGAGGAGGAGGAAGAGGAGGAACAGGAGAGCAGUUCCCCCAGUGCGGACGGCCGUCGAGGCAGUGCUGACCGGGAUAGUCUUAGAAGCUGUGCUUACUGCUGCCGACCGACCAGCAGGAUCUGAAGCGGAACUCUGAAGAACCCAGUGGAACCCACACAUGCACGUCUACCGUUCCAGUCUGACCCGGAACACAGAGCUUUCCUGGUAACAUGCACUAGUGCUGCUGGUGGGACAUGAGAGGAGAGCGUGAUUGUUCCAGACAUUCAGACUUGGGUAUAUCAUUGACAGAUAUGUAACUCCUCUAUUUUAACCAUUAUUUAAUUUUGUCUGAUUAAUAUUUCUGUACCCCAACCAAAGACAAAAACGUGUUUAAGUUGUAUAUUUAUGUAAGGUUUAAUUUUUAAAAAUUUAAUUUUUUUUUUUUUUUAAGGAAACGUUCAGGUCUGUACCCUGUAGCAAUUUGGACUUUCUUGGAAAGCCACUAGUUAUACAAUGUCUUAAUAAUUAUUAAUGUCUUAAUAAGCCCCACUUGCUCAGGCUAUAAAAUCAUGAGGAAACAAGAUAAAGUCAUAUCAUCAUUGAUACAUUUUCAUAUGGAUGCUUUUUUCCGCCACGGAAUAAAAAAAUACAAAAGGUAUUGCAACUUUUUAUCUCACAAUUUAGACUUUUUUUCCUCACAAUUGCAAGUUUACAUCAUAAUUCUGGGGAAAAAAUGUGCGCAAUUGCAAGAAAAAAAGUCAGAAUUGUGAGAUAUAUAUACUUGCAAUUGUGAGUUCUAAAGUCUAAUUCUGAAAAAUUCUGAAAGGCAGCUAACAAUUCUAACUUUUUUUACAUCUCCCAAUUUUGCAAGAAAAAAAAUUGCGAAAUUUUGACAAAAAGUCAGAAUUGCGAGAUAUAAAGUCGUGAGAAAAAAGUCAGAAUUGGGAGAUAUAAACUUGCAAUUGCGGAAAAAAAAAAGUCUUGUGACUUCAUUUCUUAGAGUUUAUAUUUCACAAUUCAGACUUUAUAACUUGCAAGUGCGAGUUUCUAUCUCACAAUUGGGAUAUGUAAAGUCACAAUUGCGAGAAAAAAAAGUCAGAAUUGUGAGAUAAAAAGUCACAGUUAUGUUUUUUUAUUUAUUAUUCAUUGGCGGAAACAAGCUUCCAUAUUUUCACGGCUUAAUUCCAUUGUGGUUUUGAUUUAUAAAGUCUAUUUGGUAGAGAUGUCCAUGUCGUUGACUUUGUGAUCUGGUUCAGACUGGCUCUGUAGUGCAAACUGGUGGUACAAAACUGCAUAUUGGAGUCAGAGCAGGAGUAUUUCCAAGCUCAAAUGGAUAUCACAUGAUGUCGUUGUGGGUAUAAACCUUCAUAUGAAGCAUGUGGACAGAACAGUGGUUAAUCGUGAUGGGGUUAAAAGAUUUGAGCCACAAUACAGAUGCUUUUUACACAUUUAAUUUCCAGUUUUAUACUUUAUGGGGCAAAAGUAGUCUGUAGCUCUAUUUCAAAACCUAGUGAAGAUGCAUCAGAUACACACUCUUGGUACAAAAUUAUGCUGCCUUUUAAGACACCUCAUUUUGGACAAAAAAAUCUUUGCGAAGAAGGCAAACUCAUAAUGCAGUGCAACAAGUUCAGUAAAUAUAUUUUAUUAAAAACCAAAAAGUAUCAAUAAAAAUACCCAUCUAACAGGACAACAGGGCAUUCUGGUAAGAUUCUUUUAAAGUUAUGAUGAAUUCUUAACGUUAAUAAAAUGUUCAUUUAAAGUUAUCAGUCUUUAAUAAUAUUAUCAAAACAUUAGCACAAAAAUGUUAUUUUAUAUGUCAUUCAUUUUGGAACAUUUUUCUGAAAUAUUUUAGUUAGACGUUAGUCUAAUGUUUCCUAAACGCUACUACAUUUUUUUCAGAUGGUUCAGAGAACAUUCAAAAGUAACGUUCCCAUAAUACUUGCAAAAUGAUAAAAUAGAGAAAACAUUCCCUUAAUGUUUUCUCUAACGUUCAUUAAACCAAAAAAAAAUGAACGUUAGAGAAAACAUUCAAAAUAACGUUUUCAUAACUUAAUGGGAAUAUUAGCAAAAUAUUCCUAUAUUUCUGUUAGAUGGUACUGACUAUUUUACCCAAUAUUUGCGAAAACUAUCUAGAUUUAUGGCCUGUUCACACCAAGGACGAUAACGAUAAAGAUGGUUCUAAAAAUCGCUCUAAAUAUAACAGAAUAGCUGAGUCCACACCACAACUAUAACAAUAACGGCACAGAAAAACAAUAUCAUUGGAAUCACUUUCAGAAUUAUUUUUUCCAGCUGAUGAACGAUAAAAAUAGCCAAUCAGAAUCCACAAUGCUUUAAAGAGCUCGAGCAUUUAAAGAGGCAGAUGACAAAACUGCAGUGUUCGCUUAGAAUAAACAACAAUAUUGUCCGCUGUGGACGCUAAUAUAGUUCAUCAUUAAAGAUAUGUUUAUAGUUAUUGUUUAUGGUGUGAACAGGCCUUUAUGCUUUUUAAAAAGUAUUGCACUGUUAGCUUAGCAACAUGCUGGCGUCAAACUUCUAUCAAUUGUGAGUUGUUUUGUAUGCGCUUCACAGACUCUAUUUGUUGCUUCAAAUCAGUGACUUAUGAGAUUAUAUUUAAAUUAGGAUGCUGCCUUGGAAGGUUUUGGAACAGCUGUGGAUUAACUACUCUUUUUCGUGACACUGAUUAAGUUUGUAACCAAAAUGAUUUAUCUGUCCAUGAUUAUCAGUUUUUCACGGUGCAUGUUGUGUGAGCUGAUUGGUUAAGAUUCUUUUGUUUGGGUCGCUGGCCAUAAUCUGCACUGUUCUCGUGUGCAGAAGACGUCUAAUGUUUGCAUGACCUCGUAAAAAUAUGUUUACAAGAGCGAUGAUCAAAAUAUAAAAUAUACAUAUUCAUAUCUUUUGCUAAAUGCAAAAUGAGACAGACUACUACUGUCAUGUCAUUGUGAAAUCGGAGGGAACAAGAUAUUGACACUUGACUUACUCUGUUUUUUCUUUGUGAAAUAUAUACGUUUUUAAAACAAAAAUAUUUAACAUUAUAUUCAGAACUCAUUACUGGGCUUACUUUCAAACUGGAUUGAAACAAAAACAAUGCAAGAACAUUUAUCAUCUUGUUCAUCAGUAUAUCAUAUACGUGCCAAUUUGAGCACAUGACUUACUUGAAGCCAACAAUAAUAAAAAUAAUUAAAAAUAUCAAUGGCUCCCACUUUAUAUUAGGUGUCUUUCUUUAACUACUGUGUAUUAACGUUUAAAUUAAUAAUAAUGUUUUUACAUUGUACUUAUAUUAAAAAAUACCUGCAUGUAAUUACAGCUGUGAUUAAUUUAUGUAAUUACAUCUAUUAUUACACUUUUGACCCAUCCCUUACACUUUAACCCAACCUUAAACCUACCCAUACCACCAAACUAACCAUACUGCAAACCUGUCCCGUAUCCCAACUCAAUAGCAGCAAAAGUGUUUUGCAAUACAAAAUGAGCACAAUAAGUAUAUUGUACUUAUUAUUUGAUGCAAGUACAUAGUAGUUAAGGACAUCUAAUAUAAAGUGUGACCGAACUGUAUUUAUUUUGCUAAUGGACCCUAAUAUUAGAGACAUGUUCCUCUUAAACCUCUGAACAGAACUGCUUAAAACCCAAGUGCUGUAAGUGAUUUAAUAAGUAUAAAAAUGCAUCAGUCUAAUGAGCAGUUCAGCAAUCAGUUAUAGUAAUUAUGGUAAUUAUGCAAACUGCCUCAGAAGGGCUGAUUAAAUAUCAUUUAGAAGUCAUCUAUGAAUUACUUUGGCUUUGAAAAGUACUAAAGAAAGCUACACCAUGGGUUUUUGGUAGAUAAUUCCUUCCUUGAUCAAUUAUGACCUUUUUUUUUUUAAAUUAUAUUUUCACAUGAAAGUUCAGGAAGUGUAGAGGAGACACAAAUACAGUAUGUGUAUUAUACAUGAAGAUGAUGUAUACAUAUAUUGUAUAUCUUUUUUGUAAAAGCUACAAAUGUAUAGAUGCAAUGCAUCAUGUGUUAUCGAUGGAGUUACGAAGAGCCAAUGAUUUGUACCCUUAAAGAUAUACAGGUAGUAGCACGUUAUGAAUAAACACUCCUUGUCUAUGCAUUGUGUGUGUUCAGUAAAAUCUUUGUGUACAAUGCAAAUAAAGUUCACAUCAGAGUGCUAUGCAAA